AUGUCUGAAAAUAAACCAAUUGAAAUUUUAAAGUUUGCAGACGACUCUGGCUCCUUUAAGAGACGUCCUUCUCUGUUUAGGAACUUUAUUAGUUCUAAAUCAGGAGCUAAAUUUCCACCCGAGGCAAAUAGAUACCAUUUGUAUGUAUCAUUGGCAUGCCCUUGGGCGCAUAGGGUAUUAAUUACAAGAGUCUUGAAAGGCUUGGCUUCACUUAUUUCAGUUUCAGUUGUUCAUUGGCAUAUGGAUGACAAAGGUUGGAGAUUCCUAAAUGAUAGCGAGAAAAAAUUGAGAAAGGGGGCUAGUGAUUUACAGUUUGGUACUGAGGAUCAUUUGUAUGGGUUUAAGAGACUUAGGGAAGUAUACUUUAAAGCAGAGCCUGACUAUACUGGGAGAUUCACCGUUCCAGUAUUGUGGGAUAAGAAGCUCGAGACUAUAGUUAACAAUGAGUCUUCUGAAAUCUUGAGGAUGUUUAAUUCAGAAUUCAAUUCCCUCUUACCAUCUGAAUAUGCUGCAAUUGACCUUUAUCCGGAGACAUUGAGAUCCGAUAUUGAUGAAUUGAAUUCUUGGGUUUACGACAAUAUCAACAAUGGUGUUUAUAAGGCAGGAUUUGCUACCAAGCAAGAAGUGUAUGAUAAGGAGGCGUAUAAUGUUUUCAAUCAUUUGGAUAAAGUCGAAGCGAUAUUGGAAAAGAAGUUUUCUGGGGAACACAAGUUCGACUUCCUCUUAGGUCAACAACUCACUGAAGCUGAUGUUAGGUUGUUUACGACAAUCAUUAGGUUUGAUCCCGUGUAUGUGCAACAUUUUAAGUGUAACUUGAAGAUGAUCAGAUGGGAUUAUCCACAUAUCCACAAGUGGCUCAGGCUUUUAUACUGGAAAAUUCCCGGUUUCAAUGAAACUACGAAUUUCCAUCACAUCAAGUAUCACUACACUAAGAGCCAUGUUGGUAUUAACCCUCUCGGUAUUACACCAAUCGGUCCCCAGCCAAAUAUUCUUCCAUUGUAA